AAUGACAUAUAACCUCUUACGUGAGGGCGGUAUCGGUGCACUUGCUUGUAUCGCAACCAACAAUAAUGCAUAUCCUCUACUUCACUGCUCCUUUCAAAUCAAACAUAAGGAUGGCUCGCAUGCUACCUUCUCUCUCCAACAUUCGACUCAUGUGCACGGCUUCGACGAGGCACAACCAUUUCACUUUAUAUACGAUGCCGAUAACCUCGUCCCUGCCACUACCACAUGUAUGACUACGAAGAGGGACCUUGGCUUGACAGAAUCGGGUCACAUCGCGCGAAACCAGGUCCCCGAUAUCCGAGCUUUAUCUUUGAAUCUCAGAAAACCUUGCGCAAUCAUCUGUCCUGAAGUACCAGGAAGCAUCGCACCAAAGCUAGGCCACGAGAUUCCCUUCACACACCUUGUCAAUCUUGCCAAAGCCACCGAAGUUACCAUCUUGUUCGACUGGAAAUGGCUCCACAAAAGCCAACACGGCCCAUUCUUGACCAUCGUCAGUCAACCAGAAACAAUCACUGGCUUUCCCAUCAACGGGAAAAACCUGAGAAAACGUAGGCUGGUGGACUGGUCUAUCUUCACUCCUGUAGAGGAGCAUGAUGAAGAGUCAAUUAAUCCACCUCCCUACGUUGACGCGAACCGUAAGCGUCCCCGACAAAUCUCGAGCAGCCCAUCACAUUCGUCGCCGCCGAAACGCAUCGAUUACACACCCGAAGGUUCUCCCACGGAGAAGGCGACAACAAUCGCAACUUCCAGUCAGCAACUGUCAACUAUCGACGACUCGCCGCGUCCUCAUCGUGCCCACUUCGCUGACUCAACCCAUAUCAAUCCUCAAUUAGAGGAUGCCAUGAAGAAGAUGAUGCAGCAGAUGUUCCCAGAGAUGCUUGCCCAGUUCAUCGAUACAUCCAAAUCCAUCUCAUCUUCGCCACCACCUACAUCCGACCGAGGGUCGAUUAGAACUUCUGCUCCUCCAUCACCUCUCCGCCACCUCCGCUCCUCUCUCCGAGCAUUCCUCUCUUCCCGAACCACCGCAUUGUUCGAACAAAAGCUCACCGCCAUCUGCGACAACACCGUGUACGAUGCCCAGUAUAUGCGUGUCGCUGCCGACGAAGACUUCAUCUCAGCCAUAGAAGAGCAGAAGCUCGACAUACAAACCAGAAAGAGGGAUGCGCUCGAGGACCUACAGGAGGACAUCAAUACUCUAGUGGAUGAAAAGCUUCGUGAUCUUGAUGCCACGGUGGCGGAAUACAUGGAGGAGGCCGAGGAGCAGGUUGAACGUGUGGUCAAUAACAAAGUCGAUUAUUAUUUGAACAGGAAAUAUGUGAAAGAUUUCGCGUCACGUAUUACCGACAUGAGCGGUCAAAGGUCGAAAAGGGAUGGUCGCACUGCUGGCGAUCGGAAGCGUCGUAAAUUUCGAAGACGGGUGUAGCGUAUCACACUUAUUUCUCUUUUACGGCCAAAUCUAUUCACAAUAUCAAUGCGUUUCUUACUGUGUCUUUGGGUCUUCAAGUUCUCGUGCCGUAUCGGACUAUCUGCGACGAAAUUUGUUGACUGAUGAAGACGUAGGCUACCUGGCGCUCCUCUAUGCUUGGUCAUAGUUCACAAUUCAUGUUGCAUACUAUGAUAGAGUCACGGGUCUUGUUCUGCCUCUCUCAUCUUGUUCCAUAGCCACAGUGUCGUCGAUCAGACGGAAAAACGAAGGGUAGAAUCUAGUACAUGAUGGACGGCAGGAGCAUCCGAAUAUUGCCUGAUUUCUCUUCAAUAUGGUUCGCUAUCAACUUUGUUAAGAUCCUGGAUUGGACGUCGCCUUUCCACAGGUUCUAUAUGCACGGUGACAUGGGCUGUGGUGAUUAAGUUUCUUGUUGGCAUUUCGGUGGUUUAUGAUGCUCAAAUGUACAUGAAUCGGCCACAUUUUUGUGCUAUAUGGGAAAACGUGGAUUGAUGUAGUGUUAGGAGGUUGUAGUCUCGACUGUUGGCACAGUAUGACAGAACACAAUUUGUGGAAACAAUGAUUGGACAGAAGAUAGUAAU